AUGGCAGAAGCCGACACACAAGACUGUCUCGAUUCUAUUCAUAGAGAUAGUCCCUGUUCUUGCCAUCGCAGGAGUAUUCCCGUCCCUUCUCGUGGCCAGCAAACAAGCAAUCAGGAGUUAAAGCCUGCUUGCAUGAAAGACAAAGCUUGCUCACCUCUAGCAAGUUCCAAUGGAGGUCCGCAAGCACUCACUGAUGAGAUAAAAGUCCCCGCGACCGAUCCCGCAUUCAUUUCAGCCCUCUGGAGAGCAGUCAACCCGGACUUGUUCAACUGCGUUGCCAUGGAGGACCCCAUGCAGUUGUUACUCUGCACUCCCUCGGACGUGGCUACUAGGAAUGCCUUCAACUCUUACGGCAUUCCCAUGCAACCGGAUCUUUCUAUUGAUUCCACGAGCCCGCCAACAACCCUAGCCCUGCAAGAUUACCAAUCCGCGUUCCCUGACAUGGAGUGGGUCGACCCAGCCAAGGCCAGCGCAAUCAGCAGUGCAUUGCAAGACCUGAAUGCGACGCCCACCACCCAAAAAUACCUGCUCUUCGACCAUAUUUUCCGCUCGUCCUUGAGUGGAACAGUUCGCGUCCACGAGCCAGAGAUCAAGCCAAUCGGAAUCUACGGGGACGUGACCCUAGGAAAGUACCUAUCUGCGCUUCCUAGCAUGGUCUUCCCAGCUCGCGCCAACCUCCUCACGGACAGGAUCCAGUCAAUGCCACUGGGAGCCAGUGGGAGGGGAGGUAGUGGCGAACUUCAAGUCUAUACCGAUAUCCACCCACAGUGUGUGUACUACAUCAGAGCCGAGCUACUGGGACAGUUACCAACACAACGUCUUCCUGCCUACCGGAUCACCCAUUUCCUACCGUACUUCACAAUCGAGAUAGACUGGGAAACCCACGAUCACGCGAAGCCCUUCCCGAAGAUGGCACUCUUUGCUGCCACUGCAAUCUACAAUCGUUGGUUCCUGUCCAAGGAGGCGAAGUGCAAGCAGAUGGAUCAGGUGCAGCACGAUCAAGUGCGACACUGGAGCAUGGUUGUUACCCGAGGCCAGUGGACGCUGUACUGCGCGAAACCAAAAGGUGCCGUUCGCUGGGAAGGCUGCAAGAUCGAGGACGAGCGAGCAUUCUGGACUCCCGCUAUCUGGCUGGGCGUCCAGCACCACUAUGACGGCGAGUUUGAUGAGUUCCGCAACGUCUCCGGCGCACCAGAGGAAGCAUAUGAUACCAGCGACUUGCGAGCCCUCAGCUCUACGGGGCGCGUUUACUUCAAUUUUCAGCAGACAUGGCAAACUCGAGACGAUGAAUUUUUCGAUCGGCUCUACGAUGCAGCAUCCUAUCUCCAGACAGACCCGUCCACACGCCAUGUGCAAAUCUUCGCAAACACCGCGGAAAACGCAGAUCCCGACUGUCUCUCUCUCUCUCUCGACGAGUUUUCGCACGCGAUUGACAGGCUUUCUCUGUACCCACCCCCCGAGCACGCAUACUUUCCGGCACAGUCUGAAGGAGCACGCUGCGGGCAAACACAGAAUCAGUUCGGGCGAGCUCGAGACCUUCCCAGUCGACAUGUGGAGGCCACAGACUACGUCGUCUUCUAUAUCUUGGGCGCGUACGCGGCAAGCGUCGUCGAGCUCGGUACUACCUCCACCGAAACGUGGCAAGGUCGCGCCAGGACCUGCGCGUCACAAGAGCGAAGCGUCGUCCUCUCCCUGGCCGCCGACCAUUCAUACGUCGCGUGGUAUAGAGACCUUACCAUUGGCUUCACGCUCGUCCUCGGCAUCUACGACUUGGCACACAUUGUCUUUGAUGGACGCAAUCUCUUCCAGUGUUCUACCCUGACUGCUGACGGAUCUGUUGCAUUGGCGGCGGCAGGCCGGGAUCUGCUCGUUGCGCGCCGCCGCCGUUCGAAGAGGUCUGACACUAUCCGUUUGGGCUCGCUAGGCACUAUCUCGUCCCAGGUGCAAGAGACAAGGGACGCGUUGAAGCUUGCGACCUCCACAUCUCUCGUAAUGCCUGCCUUGGAUAGGGUGCAGUUCAAUCGCCAACUGGCAAAGUAUGCGGGAUGGCCUGGGUAUAGGGCCACGCCGAUUCUCCUCAGCCACGUGCUUUACUUGUGCCGGGCUUCAUUGGCCCCUAGCGCGCGGCGCCGCGGGCUCCCGAUUGCGAUUCGAUUUUCAGAUGCCGUCGACGAAGUCGGUAUUGAAAUCUAUGCGGUUUAUUUCGACUCGUGCAACCCAAUCAACCUCCUGCCACCCAUAGACAUCCUCGAAGCGGGUUAUUUCCGUGUACUAGCUGCCCCUGUUUCGGAGACGCUGCACAUCGGUUACGGAUUCGGAAAGGGAGUACGCGUCACCGCAAUCCAGGAGAUCGAGGUCGGGACAGUAAACGUUGAGUUCGGCGGUCUGGACGACAGAACAAGAGCUUGGGCGGAUUCGUAG